CCCUGCCCCACGGGCCCUGGCAGCACCAUGAGCCGCCAGCUUCUGCCUGUACUGCUGCUGCUGCUCAGGGCUUCGUGCCCCUGGGGUCAGGAGCAGGGACCCAAGAGCCCCUCAGAGGAGCCUCCAGAGGAGGAAAUCCCCAAGGAGGAUGGGAUCUUGGUGCUGAGCCGCCACACCCUGGGCCUGGCCCUGCGGGAGCACCCUGCCCUGCUGGUGGAGUUCUAUGCCCCGUGGUGUGGGCACUGCAAGGCCCUGGCCCCCGAGUACAGCAAGGCAGCUGCCCUGCUCGCAGCCGAGUCAACGGCGGUCACGCUGUCCAAGGUGGACGGGCCUGCGCAGCCCGAGCUGGCUGAGGAGUUUGGUGUGACGGAGUACCCUACGCUCAAGUUCUUCCGCAACGGGAACCGCACACACCCGGAGGAGUACACAGGACCACGGGAGGCUGAGGGCAUUGCCGAGUGGCUGCGACGGCGGGUGGGGCCCAGUGCCAUGCGGCUGGAGGACGAGGCGGCCGCCCAGGCGCUGAUCGAUGGCCGGGACCUGGUGGUCAUCGGCUUCUUCCAGGACCUGCAGGAUGAGGACGUGGCCACCUUCUUGGCCCUGGCCCGGGAUGCCCUGGACAUGACCUUUGGCCUCACGGACCGGCCACGGCUCUUUGAGCAGUUCGGUCUCACCAAGGACACCGUGGUUCUCUUCAAGAAGUUUGAUGAGGGGCGGGCAGACUUCCCAGUGGAUGAGGAGCUUGGCCUGGACCUGGGGGAUCUGUCGCGCUUCCUGGUCACACACAGCAUGCACCUGGUCACGGAGUUCAACAGCCAGACAUCUCCCAAGAUCUUCGCAGCCAGGAUCCUCAACCACCUGCUGCUGUUUGUCAACCAGACCCUGGCUGCUCACAGGGAGCUCCUAGCGGGCUUUGGGGAAGCAGCUCCCCACUUCCGGGGGCAGGUGCUGUUCGUGGUGGUGGACGUGGCGGCUGACAAUGAGCAUGUGCUGCAGUACUUUGGCCUCAAGGCUGAGGCAGCCCCCACCCUGCGCUUCAUCAAUGUUGAGACCACUAAAAAGUACGCGCCUGUGGAUGGGGUCCCUGUCACCGCAGCUUCCGUCACUGCUUUCUGCCACACAGUCCUCAACGGCCAAGUCAAGCCCUAUCUCCUGAGCCAGGAGGUACCCCCUGACUGGGAUCAGCGGCCAGUGAAGACCCUCGUGGGCAAGAAUUUUGAGCAGGUGGCUUUUGAUGAAACCAAGAAUGUGUUUGUCAAGUUCUAUGCCCCAUGGUGCACCCAUUGCAAGGAGAUGGCCCCUGCCUGGGAGGCGCUAGCUGAGAAGUACCAAGAUCAUGAGGACAUCAUCAUUGCUCAGCUGGAUGCCACAGCCAACGAGCUGGACGCCUUUGCCGUGCACAGCUUCCCUACCCUCAAGUACUUCCCAGCAGGGCCAGGUCGGAAGGUGAUUGAAUAUAAAAGCACCAGGGACCUGGAGACCUUGUCCAAGUUCCUGGACAAUGGGGGUGUGGUACCCACGGAGGAGCCCACGGAGAAGCCGGCAGCCCCGUUCCCGGAGCCACGGGCCAACUCAACCGUGGGGUCCAAGGAGGAGCUGUAGCUACCCCAUGUCACUUCCCUCCUCACCGCUGGACAGGAGGCACCUCCUUGGGUGCUGGAGGGAGCUGUGCAUUGUGAAUAAAGAGCUUGGUUCUGGA